AUGACUUUGGCACCGUACAAGAGGAUCGGAGAUCCUAAAGUCCAUGUCACAAAAUUCGAAUCCAUGAUGUUUCUUAAUAGUGACUCUGAUCCCAUCUUGUGCCGAUCCUUUCCGACCUUUUUGGAUGGAGCUGCAUUAUUAUGGUUUUCUAAUUUUCCUGCAGGUUCCAUAACCAGUUUCGACAAAUUUACCAAGUUAUUCAAAAAUCACUUCGCAACAUCCAAAAUUUAUGUGCGAGAUUCAGAUUACCUCAGCACGAUCAAGCAAGGACAGCACGAAAGCCUAAAGGGUGACAUGACACACUUUACAACGGCAGCUAUGGAGAUCCCUGACUUCAAUCCAGAAUUCCCGGAAGCUAUAGCUGUGGCAAAACCGAAAACAUUGGAGGAGUUCCGGGACAAGGCCACUGGACAAAUCGAAAUAGAGGAGUUACGUGAAACUCGGAGAAGUGAGAGACUACCAUCGCGAAAAGAGGAAGACAAGACAUACAGGCCCCAUAAUAAGGACUCUAAAAAAUCUUUUAAACUAACUCCAAAAUUUGAUUCAUAUACCAGGUUUAAUACCAAGAGGGAGGACAACAUUAAAGAGAUACUACACAACAAGCUAAUAAAGCCGCUGAGCAAAGCAGGAACGUAUCAAGACCAGAAGUACGUCGUCAAAAACAAGCAUUGUGUAUUUCACCAAAAUUUCGGCCACACCACUGAUGAGUGUGUGGUAGCUAGAGACUUGUUAGAAAGAUUAGCAAGGCAAGGCUUACUGAACAAAUAUGUUACUUCCAGAAAUAAGAGAGAAUCAGACAGGGACAUAGACAGGCCAAACUAUAGUUCCGAUCGUAAAGAGAAGGGGAUAUAG